CCUAGGAGUGUCAUGUAACAACUUAAAAUCUUCAUGUGAAAACAGAGAAUGGCUUCAAGAGGAACAACAGAGACCAGUAAACUAAAACAAAACUUGGAAGAGCAGUUGGAUAGAUUAAUGCAGCAGCUUCAAGAUCUGGAGGAGUGCAGAGAGGAGCUCGAUGCAGAUGAGUAUGAAGAGACCAAAAAAGAAACUCUAGAACAGCUGAGUGAGAUCAAUGACUCGCUGAAGAAGAUUAUGUCUGGAGAUAUGACUUUGGUGGACGAGCUCAGUGGGAUGCAACUGGCAAUACAAGCAGCCAUCAGCCAAGCUUUUAAAACUCCAGAAGUAAUUAGAAUGUUUGCAAAGAAACAACCAAGGCAAUUGAGGACAAGGUUGGCAGAGAUGGACCGAGACUUAAUGGUUGGGAAGUUGGGACGAGACCUAUACACACAGCAGAAAGUGGAAAUCCUGACUGCCCUCAGAAAGCUUGGUGAGAAGCUCACUUCAGAUGAUGAGAUGUUCUUAUCAGCAAAUGCUGGUGCAGCCCUCAGCCAGUUUGAGAAAGUCUCCACUGACCUUGGAUCAGGAGACAAAGUCUUUGCUCUAGCAAGUUUUGAAGUAGAAAAAGCAAAACAGUGAAGAGGUGCGUGAGGCUUGUGUCUCUCCAGUUAUCAGCAGCAUUGGACUUCUGUCAUAUUACAUUUGUUUUUUCUAUUUUUAACAUGUUGAAAAAAAGAAAAACAAAACCAACCCCAAACCCUAAACCUCUUGGGUUCUUAACCAGAAGAUAUGAAGUAAACAGCCUUAAGUGCACUUUGGAACCUUGGUGUCUGUACACCUUAGUAACGUUCAUUCUGGGGCUGAUCAUUAAGUGGUACUCUAAAAACAAAAGCAUGGUAUGCCUGUCUUCGGAAAGAAUCAGCUAUUUUGAACUUUUCUGAAUGUGUAUUUCUCUAACUAUUAAAACAUAACCUUUUUGC